UUGUGUGCAGCAGUGCUGCCCCUCCCCCCUCAUCGCCCACCCAGACCCACAGUACACAGUGUGCUCUUUGUAGGCAAGCCUGUAACUGGAUGCCAGGUGGUCUGUGAUUGGCUGAGCCGAGGCCCCAUCUCUCCCCCGUCUUCUUUUUCUGGUGCAUAUGCAUGAGAUAGCAGGCUGGUGUGUGUCUGUGCAGCUGCCUGUUCCAGACAGGAAAAGAGAGGGAGAGAAACAGGAGCGAGACAUUGGGGAAGGUUAGAGGAAGAGGAAUAGAGAAAGGAAAUCGGGUGAGGAGACUGCGGGCGACUGUGAUUGGGGGGUUGUAGUCAUGUCUAUGUUCUGUUUGUCUGGCUGGCUAUGAGAUCAGGCAGCCAUGGCCAUGUCACUGAGCGCCGACGAUGAGGAUUACGACUCGGACACAGCCGAACAGCAACGGCUGCCCAACAGACCCAAAGCCAAAAUGGCUGCAUCAACAGCAACAACUCCAGCAGCAUCCACUUCUUCAUCCACUGCAACAGCAGUUAAGCUGCCGUCCAAUCGAACCUCCUCCGGAGCUCGCCGUAGACGCACGCGAUGUCGAAAAUGUGAGGCAUGUGUGCGGACAGAAUGUGGAGAGUGUCACUUCUGUAAGGACAUGAAGAAGUUUGGAGGACCUGGCCGAAUGAAACAGUCUUGCAUUAUGAGACAAUGUAUAGCGCCCGUGUUACCACAUACAGCAGUAUGUGUAGUGUGCGGUGAAGCUGGAAAAGAAGACACACUUGAAGAUGAAGAUGAAAAAUUUAAUGCCAUGCUCAUGGAGUGCUCCAUCUGCAAUGAGAUCGUCCACCCAAACUGCCUCAAGUUGAAGGAUGCAGCUGGAGUAGUAAAUGAUGAGCUUCCUAACUGCUGGGAAUGUCCAAAAUGCAAUUACGCUGGGAAGACUGGAAAAUUGUCUUUUGUAUUUUCUUGCCACUCUUUGGCCUGCAAGCAAAAACGGGGCCCAGGCUUUAAAUACGCAUCCAACCUGCCAGGCUCCCUGCUGAGGGAGCAGAAAGCAGGACGUGAUGGACGAGAGGAAGGGGACCAGACAUCCACAGGUGCUUCAUCCAUUAAGAGAAAGAGUGAGAGGGAGGAAACUCCCAGACUGAAGACUGAAGAUCUAACAUCCCGUCUUCCCCCAAUCUUGAGCCCUAGUGGCCUGCCAAGACCCCGAUCUGAAGUGCCCAACUUCUUGAGGAAGAAGAGGAAGUUAUUUGACGAUGAUGAAGAGGAAGAGGAGGCUUGUGCUAAAAAGAAGCCGAAGAAACCCUGGAGGCUUGAAGAGCCUUUGAUUCCCAAACUCUCUCACAUGAAAACAGAAGAGGAGGAAGACAACUCUGAGGAGGAAGAGAGGCAAGAGAAGCGAGAACUGCCUCGUCGUUCAUUUAAGAAAGACUACAGCACAGUAAGAAAAGAGAAAGAGCAUGAGGAAGAGAGAAGGGAGGAUAGAGAUCCACCUUUCAGAUCCCUAAAGGAGUUUAACACCCUCCGGAAAGAGGACGACCAAGAGGAAGAAAAGGAGGACGAUGAUGAGGAAGAGGAGGAGGACAAUAAUGGCAAACGAGGCAGGGACAGCAGCCCUGCACUAAAGAACAUCUCCUUAUCGCUUGAGAGUGAUGCUUCACGGUGCAGCUCCCCAAGAGCAGGGCCAAGCAGCGAUGGUAGUGAGACUCAAGAGAAGGCACCACGGGCUCGGGUGAAGCGACACCGACGCAAGCCCCCUAAUCGCCAGCUCAGCGCAGAACUCAGCAAGCAGCUCAACAUGGAGAUCCGUCGCACCGAGCAUUCACUGGCCAAUGAGAACCAGCAGCCACUCAAGAGUGAACCUGAGGACAGCGAGAACGAGGAACCAAAGAGAGGCUUACGGAAUGGGACUGCAGGGAAUGGGGGAGGAGGUGGAGGAGUAGAAAGAGGAGCAGGAGUAGAGGGUGGAGGGGAGCGGCCACAUUUACGAGCAAGGGAGAUGAAUGGGACAUCUUGGGAGCUGCGGCACUUUUACCCUCCUCAGAUUACCCCACUUGGCUUGAACCGCAGUUCACCCACAGUCAGACCACUUCCUGCACGUUCACCUCCAAAGUGUGUUCAGAUGGAGCGCCAUGUGAUCCGACCACCUCCAAUCUGCCCUCCACCUGAUAGGCUACCACUAGCUGAUGGACGCAAUCACAUCGCUCCCAGAGAAGCAUGGUUGACCAUUUUCAGUCACCUGAGCCAUCGUGAACUCUGUGUGUGCAUGCGAGUGUGCCGAACAUGGAAUCGCUGGUGCUGUGACAAGAGAUUAUGGACUCGUAUUGAUUUGAAGCGUUGUAAGUCCAUCAUCCCACUGAUGCUAAGUGGGAUAAUUCGCAGACAGCCCAUCACUUUGGAUCUGAGCUGGACCAACAUCUCCAAGAAGCAAUUAAGCUGGCUUAUUAACCGAUUACCAGGACUAAGGGUGCUUCUCCUAUCAGGCUGUUCAUGGGUGGCCGUUUCAGCUCUCUGCACAUCCAGCUGUCCUCUGCUGCGUACUCUAGACCUGCAAUGGGUGGAGGGGCUCAAAGACCCCCAGAUGAGGGACCUACUAUCUCCUCCGACUGACAACAGGCCAGGUCAGAUGGACACACGCAGUAAACUCCGGAAUGUUACUGACCUGCGUCUGGCUGGUCUGGACAUCACAGACAGCUCUCUGCGUCUCAUCAUUAAAAAUAUGCCUGUACUCUCCCAUCUGGACUUGAGUUACUGCAACCAUAUCAAUGACCAGUCAGUAAACCUGCUGACUGCUGCAGGGACCACCACUAGAGACUCCUUAACUGAUGUCAACCUUUCUGUGUGUAACCGGGUCACUGAUCAGACGCUGAGCUACUUCAAACGCUGCGGAAGCAUCUGCCGCAUUGACCUGCGAUUUUGCAAGCAGGUGAGCCGACAGGCAUGUGAGCGCUUCAUUGCAGAGAUGUCGGUCAUCGUUCCCUUCCAACUGCAAGAGGAUAAACUUCUCCAAAAACUUCACAGCACCCCCUAGUGUCUGGGAGGAACUCAACGCCAAUCUAAAAUGAUACCAUGUAUCAGAUGCACUCUUGUUUGGAUUGAAACUGGAUUCAGACAUUUGAAAAAAAAAAAAAAGCACUGCAACACAUAUGUGGACAAAGUGUUUGUCAGCUCCUUUCAAACUGGAAAGAAGAGCAGACAUAUUGUACUUAAAGGCACAUAAUUCUGCUCCUAUUUGAAAUGUUGUUUCCAGCAAAUUCUGUUAAUCUUCGACGAGAUUAUACAUGUUAUUACCAAGAGAUUCUAUUUAAUAGGUGGUGUGGUAAAAAGCAGUGGACAUAUAUAUAUACACACCCUCUACAUACUCACUGGAUACUACAAACACUUAAUCCAUGAGUUGGCAUGAUUGUACAUUAUUCUAAACCCUCCUGUUUUUUUUUGUAUAAAAGAUGUAUCAAUUCAGAUUUGUGCUGUAUUUGGUUCAGUACUGGGUAUUGUAUUGUUCUUUAUUUUUUUUUAUUUUUAAUAUAAUAGAAUUUUUAAAUAUCUCCAUCCAUUUUAUGUCACCAGUAUUGGAAUAUUCCAAUCUGAUCAGCAUUUUUCAGUCACACAUUUUGACUGCUUUGAAUUUCAAGUACUUGCUGUUCGAAUCUCAGAGCAGAUAUAGAAGUGAAAUGUUAUUUUGAGGUCUAUUUAUAAAACAGUGCCAUAUUCCAUCUGUGUUUUAAACAGCUGUAACAGGCAAUACUUCAGCUAACAGUAUGACUCUGAAGAGUUUGGUUCUACACGUGUUAGACCAAACAAAUUGCUGAAUUUCGUAUUCCAGCUAGCUCAGUAAUGUUUUGUAUUCAACACAAUCAGGUAGGUUUGCAUUGUUUUUCCAUGAGGUCAAGAAAGACUUUGAACAUCCAUGCAGUAUGCGUCUAUGAAAGUCAUGUGUUUGUAUUCCUUCCACAGUGAUUAUUAUUGUAAAACGGUAACUGAUGAUUUUAAUGGUGUAUUAUUGUGAGUUUGUCUCAGGAUGGUGACUAUCAGAAAGAGGGAGCGUGCCAUCUGAUCUAAGCCACCAUACUUGUACCACUAUAAAUUAAGGCAUUGUUUGCCAUCUAAAACACUCUAAUGUACAUUCGGCUAUUUAUAUUUGUAUGUAAUAAAAAAAAAAAAAAGAAAGAUUUUACUGUGA